AUGGCUGUUAAUUCUCCAACUUCAUCUCCAGUGACUAUCACAGUCACUUCCUCCGGUGGGUCUCGAAGCAAGGGAUUGACUAGCCCCGUGCCUCGUCACUCCAUAACGAACAACCCCAACUCUCCUAUCAGUGGACGAGGGUUAGGGGGCUCAGGCGGUGGAGAAAAUCGCAGGGCUUCUUCAAGUGGUGGGCGAUAUCUUUCUUUCUCGAAAGACAGCACGGACGAAUUUGUAGCUUAUACUGUCCAUAUUCCUUCAACUCCUGAUAAUCGGGUGGUGUCAGAAUCUCAGACCAGUUCUCUUGAAACUAGCAAGAGCCGGAGCAAAAACCCAUCUAAAGAUUUUAUCAAGGAUACUAUUUUCACAGGAGGAUUCAAUUCUGCAACAAGGGCUCAUGCCCGGAAGAGCUCGGAGGAGGAGUCGCUGGUGAUGAAGUCGAAAACGGAGUGUGGAAUGGAUGGUUGUGAUGAGAAGGCAGUGGAAGGAAAUUUGAAGGGCUAUUGUGAUUGUGGAUUCAAAAUUUGCAACGAUUGUUACAUGGACUGCAUCGAAAAUGGAGGAGGGCACUGUCCCGGUUGUAAAGAGCCUCAUAAGGAUUUUAGCGAUGACGAAAGUGAUCACGAGCCACGAUCCGAGGAGAAGGAUCAGGCGAAUCCUCUACCUUCGUGGGGUGGGGGUGCUAAGUUGGAGAAGAAUUUUUCAUUGGUGCAGUCUUUCAAAAAUCCGAACCACGAUUUUGAUCACACCAGAUGGCUUUUUGAGACAAAAGGGACUUAUGGAUAUGGCAAUGCUUUGUGGCCAAGAGAUGGAUAUGAAUUCGGAAGAGGGACGGAAAGAUAUGAGAACCCCCCGGAUUUUAGUGAUAGAAGAAACAAGCCUUUGACUCGAAAAAUUGGGAUUUCUGCUGCAAUAAUCAGUCCAUACAGAUUGCUUAUGGUUCUUCGACUUGGCGCCCUUGCUUGCUUCCUAACAUGGAGAAUCUCACAUCCUAAUCAUGAAGCAAUGUGGUUGUGGCUGAUGUCUGUUAUUUGUGAAAUGUGGUUUGCACUGUCUUGGGUUCUUGAUCAACUGCCAAAAAUUUGUCCGGUGAGGAGGGUGACGGACCUCUCAGUCUUGAGAGAGCGGUUUGAAUCCACUGAACCAAAUCUUCGGAACCCAAAACAAUUAUCCGACCUUCCUGGAAUUGAUGUGUUUGUGUCUACAGCUGAUCCAGACAAAGAACCACCACUUGUGACAGCAAAUACAAUUCUUUCGAUCCUUGCUGUUGAUUAUCCGGUGGAAAAGAUUUCGUGUUACCUAUCAGAUGAUGGAGGCUCUUUAGUAACAUUUGAAGCUCUUGCUGAGGCUGCCAGCUUUGCAAGACUAUGGGUUCCUUUCUGUAAAAAACACAAGAUAGAGCCCCGAAAUCCUGAGGCAUAUUUUGCACAAAAACGUGAUCCACUUAAGAACAAAGUACGUCUUGAUUUUGUCAGGGAUAGGCGAAGAGUUAAGCGAGAAUAUGAUGAAUUUAAGGUGAGGAUUAAUGCUUUACCAGAGUCGAUUAGACGAAGAUCAGAUGCUUACAAUGCUCAGGCCGAGUUACGGGCAAAGAAGAAACAGCACGAACUCGGGGAAAAUCCAUCCGAGCCUGUAAAGGUCCCAAAGGCUACUUGGAUGGCUGAUGGGAGUCACUGGCAUGGAACAUGGUCAUCAUCAGAAGAAGGUCAUUCAAAAGGUGAUCAUGAAGGCAUUAUACAGAUAAUGUUGGUUCCAGCGAGUCCAGAACCACUUUUUGGUACUGAAAGCAAUGAGGAGAACUUGGUUGACACAACUGAUGUUGAUAUAAGAUUACCAAUGUUAGUUUAUGUGUCCCGUGAGAAACGACCUGCUUUCGAUCACAACAAGAAAGCUGGAGCAAUGAAUGCUUUAGUCCGGUCAAGUGCAAUAAUGUCAAAUGGUGCUUUCAUCCUAAAUCUGGACUGUGACCAUUACAUCUACAAUUCUUUGGCAUUAAGAGAAGGAAUGUGUUUUAUGCUUGACAGAGGUGGUGACAGGAUUUGCUUUGUUCAGUUCCCACAAAGGUUUGAGGGCAUUGAUCCAAAUGAUCGGUAUGCAAACCAUAAUACAGUGUUCUUUGAUGUAAGCAUGAGAGCACUUGAUGGCUUGCAGGGUCCUAUGUAUGUAGGGACGGGAUGCAUUUUCCGGAGAAUCGCUCUCUAUGGGUUUAGUCCUCCGAGAGCUACCGAACAUCACGGAUGGUUCGGCAGACACAAGACUCGGAAGCUACUCAGGAAAUCGAAGGGGCAAAAAGAGCAAGAAGACGAUGAAUUGCUUUUGCCAAUCAGUGGGAAUCAAAAUGACGAUGAUGAUGCUACCAGGGCCUCACUUGCUAAACAGUUUGGAAACUCAACUUCUCUUAUUGACUCGAUAGCUGUGGCUGAAUUCGGGGGAAGGCUCCUCCACGAGUUGCGAGGAAAAGGAUGUUUGGGAAGGCCUGCAGGUUCACUUGCUGUUCAACGCGAACCUUUAGAUGGUGCAGCUCUAGCAGAGGCAGUCAGUGUUAUAACAUGCUUCUAUGAGGAUAAAACUGAGUGGGGCAAGAGGGUUGGAUGGAUAUACGGUUCAGUUACCGAAGAUGUUGUCACAGGUUAUCGGAUGCAUAACCGAGGUUGGAGAUCAAUCUACUGUGUUACAAAGAGAGAUGCAUUUCGUGGGACGGCUCCAAUCAAUUUAACAGACAGGCUCAAUCAAGUCCUUCGAUGGGCAACUGGUUCGGUUGAGAUCUUCUUUUCUCGAAACAACGCUUUAUUCGCAAGUCCAAGAAUGAAGUUUCUACAAAGGGUGGCAUAUUUCAACGUUGGACUAUACCCUUUUACUUCAAUCUUCCUCCUUGUUUAUUGCGUUCUGCCUGCACUUUCACUCUUCUCUGGAAAGUUCAUCGUCCAAUCCCUUGACGUAACUUUUCUCGUUUUCUUAUUAGCCAUUACACUCUCUCUUUGCAUGCUUGCACUCCUCGAAAUCAGGUGGUCAGGAAUCACCCUCCAUGACUGGUGGCGAAAUGAACAGUUCUGGUUGAUCGGUGGAACAAGUGCACACCCUGCAGCUGUAGUUCAAGGAUUGUUAAAAGUCAUAGCUGGGAUUGAAAUUUCAUUCACAUUAACAUCAAAAUCUACAGCACCGGAUGAUGGAGAUGAUGAAUUUGCUGAGUUAUAUGAGUUUAGAUGGACAACUUUGAUGAUCCCGCCAAUCACAAUCAUCAUGUUCAAUGUGAUUGCAAUCGGCGUGGCUAUUUCUAGAACGGUGUAUAGUCCUUUCCCACAGUGGAGCAAACUUCUUGGAGGUGUUUUCUUCAGCUUUUGGGUUCUUUCUCAUCUUUACCCCUUUGCGAAGGGACUGAUGGGAAAAAGGGGGAAGAUUCCAACUAUAGUAUUCCUCUGGUCAGGACUCAUCUGCAUUAUCAUUUCGUUGCUCACGGUGUACAUAUACCCUCCUUAUGGAAGCCAAGGUAAUCUGAGAUUCGAGCUACCAUAA